AUGUGUGCCACCGCCGGAAAUGCAUGGUCAGCGCCGCCGUCUGGAAAAAUCUAUGCCGGGUUUUCAGUAUGGACCAUGAACUCGAUAUCGACCGUAUCCCUCGCGAUUCGAGAUACCACAUAUCUACUAGACUUCAUCCAGCGCGACAUGCCCGCCGGCGAAACGGGGCCCAGCCAUGUUGUCAUCAUCAAUUACGUUCUUUCCCGAUUGAGGCAGUUCACGGACGAACACUCUGAUAAGUUCAUGGGUUUGGCAAUGCCACAGCGCGUGGCUAAGCUCUGUCCGGAGCUUUGUUCGCGUCUGUGGACAGAACUCGAUGUCAUCCCACUUGUGCUUCCUGAAGACCGGCGUCUUCUAGAGCAGCAAUCGCAGCGGGAUUUGCCCAGUGGUGUCGACGUAGACUCUAGAGAGAUUGGCGAGCAGGCGGAGUCAAUGGGUUGUAAAUGUGUCAGAUUAUUUGGCCCUGACAACGUCCCAUUGCUGCAGGUCGGCUUUCAGGGCACGGUGGAGGUCGAUACUGCUUUCACAGUAUGCCUAGCGAGCUUGGAGGACUUCCAGAACACCGUCUCACCAAAGACAUGGUCUGCUGUUCAACAUUAUGCGGCUGAUCUGAAAGAAAGAAAAGUCAGAACCGCCUUCUUCAACGCAACUCCUCAAGGCGGGGGCGUGGCACUCAUGAGACACGCCCUCGUCAGACUUGCCCAUGCUCUAGGCACAGAGAUCUCUUGGUACGUCCCAAAACCACGCCCCGGCGUCUUCCGCCUCACCAAAAACAACCACAACAUCCUUCAAGGCGUCGCCAAACCAAACGACCGCCUAACCGGAAAGGACUAUGAGCAAAUCUCCGAUUGGAUCUACGAGAACGCAAAACGCUACUGGCUCUCCUGUGAAGGACCUCUCCAACCACCUUCCGAAGGAGGCGCCCAUAUCGUCAUCGUCGACGACCCGCAGAUGGCACCGUUGAUCCCCAUCGCCAAAAAUAUGGCUCCUGAUCGCCCGGUGAUCUUCCGCAGUCAUAUCCAUAUCAGGAGUGAUUUGAUUGCAACGCCAGAUACACCGCAGGCUGAGGCGUGGGGGAGACUUUGGGAGAGUAUUAAGUUGGCAGAUAUAUUUAUCAGUCAUCCUGUUAGUUCUUUUGUGCCGAAGAAUAUUCCGAAGGAGAGGGUUGGUUUCAUGCCCGCGUCGACAGAUUGGCUCGACGGCUUAAACAAAAACAUGCGUGACUGGGACGUCGCCUACUACGGCCGCGCCUUCAACUCCUGGUGCCGCAAUUCCGGCAUGCCCACAAUCGACUACCCAGAGGACAAAUACAUCGUCCAAAUCGCCCGCUUCGAUCCGAGCAAAGGUAUCCUCGACGCCGUCGAAUCCUACAGGAAAUUCCACGCCCACCUCACCAAAACACACCCCCAAACCGCACCCCCAAAACUCCUCAUCGCAGGUCACGGCUCCGUCGACGACCCCGACGGCUCCCUAAUCUACGACCAAGUCGUCUCCCACAUCGAAGAGGACAUCCCGCACCUGCGCGACCAGAUCUGCGUCAUGAGACUACGGCCCAGCGACCAGGUUCUCAACGCUUUGUUAUCAAAGAGUAAGAUUGCACUACAGUUGAGUAGGCGGGAGGGCUUUGAGAUUAAGGUUUCGGAGGCCGCGCAUAAGGGGAAACCUGUUAUUGCCACGCGCGCGGGGGGGUUGCCGUUGCAGGUGGCGAAUGGGGAGAGCGGGUUCUUGGUUGAUGUUGGGGAUACGGAUGCUGUUGCGCAGCGAUUGUAUGAGCUUUGGACGGAUGACGCGCUGUAUCAGCGGAUGAGCGAGUAUGCGAUUCGGCAUGUGUCGGAUGAGGUGAGUACGGUGGGGAAUGCGGUGAGUUGGUUGUAUUUGGCGUGCGAGUUGAGUAAGGGGGAUAGGGUUGAGCCGAAUGGGGCGUGGAUCAAUGAUUUGGCGAGGAAGGGGGCUGGGCAGGACUAUGAGGCUGGGGAGUCGAGGUUGCCGAGGGUUGUCGAGGUUGAGAAGAUGGGUUAG